CUAGAUGUUUAUUUUUUCAUGAAUGAAAAGAUAAACUGUUUCUGUGCGUCACAAGCCCCGCCCACUGUGUCAUGAAACCGCGUCACACGGAAGUAGCUCAGAGUUUGACAACAAGAAAGGCCGACAGCACGGUGAAGUCUUCCUGAACCCACCCCCCUCUAAAAUGGCUCUUUUUUACAUUUACCUUUAAACGAUCCAAGUCUUCACAGUUUUAAUUGAUUUUAAACACUUUCAAUGAGCAGAGCUGCAGCAAUGACAGUCAGUCACGCCUUAUGUGCCCUCCUGAUUUCCUCCAUAACAGCAUGCAGCCGCUUUGAUCCUGCUGACUGCUUUACCCACUGCGGGCAUGCCCCUCAGGUCAUAGAUAGUAAAGUGGGAGAGAUCAGAAGUUCUGCUUACCACAGCUGGUCCUACCGCUUUGGAUUUAUCUAUGACUGCUGGGUCAUCAAGGGUUCGGAGGAUGAACCGAUUGUUCUCAGCUUUUCUCAGUUCUCCGUGCGGUGUGAAAAAGAAUGGCUUUCUAUUAAAUCAUCAGCUGGAGGAGAGCCGCAUGUACUUUGUGGCUCCAAGCUGCCACAGCUGUUGGAGUUUCCAGGGGGAAAUAUUACCCUGGUGCACCACUUCUCUCCCCACGUGUUCCCUGUUUCAUCAUUUAUGCUAAACUACGCCAGAGAUUCGGGGGACUGCCCAGAGACGUCAUUCCGAUGUCCCGGGGGUCGGUGCCUCCCUUUCUCCUGGCGCUGUAAUGGGCAGGUGGAGUGUCUCGGUGACGGCCUCUACAACGGCUUGGAUGAGGUGGGCUGUGAUGAUUAUGUAGACUACCCAGAGUCCAAACCUGUGACCUAUACAGGCCGGAACGCAGGCCUGGACACUGAAGAAAGCAAACUCAUUGAUAAAAACUGGGUCAGAUCAACGGAGCGGUACCCCUUCCCUGACACCUGGUCGCUGCAGAGGGACCUGGAGCAGAGUGUUGGAGAGCAGCCCACUCAGAAGGAGCAUGUGAUCACACCCACUCCCAUUGAGUGGCCCUGCGGGGGCCUUCUUCAGGACUUUUAUGGGACCUUCUCCUCUCCAUCGUCUGUGAGUGGCAUGAUGUCCUGUCUCUGGACUCUGGACCCUCAGGACUCCAGGCCGCUAAGAUUGGACCUGCAACAGAUUCUGCUGGGGCCCUCGGACAGACUCAUUGUUUACAACCAGAAGGAGGGCAAAGGAGACGCUAUCAAAAAUAUCACCAGUACAUUUAACUACAAGUCUGUCAAAGUCGAGUCCCACACCGGGCUCAUGUCGCUGGUUUUUGAGAAAGCUGCCGGCUCCUUGGGGACCGGUUUUAAAGCCACGUUCCAUGUGGGCAGCUACUGUCCUCCGUGGGAGACGCGGUGCGAGGGAGCAGCAGGAGGCUGCUUCACCAAGGAGCAGCGCUGCGACGGGAAAUGGGACUGUCCUGAGACCGGGAAGGACGAGCAAGGCUGCAGGGGCUGCAGUGAGAACCAGUUCGCCUGCGGGUUGACGGGACAAAGAACGUUGGCGGCCAGCCGCUACGCAGGCACACCGGUAUGUUACCCGGUGACAGAGAGGUGCAACUACCAGCUGUACUGCACUGAUGGUAGCGAUGAGAAGGACUGCAGCGUCUGUCAGCCUGGGACCUUUCAUUGUGACAGCAACAGGUGUGUGUUUGAAAGCUGGCGCUGCGACGGACAGGUGGACUGCAAAGACGGCACGGACGAACUCAACUGCACCGUCAUGCUGCCCCGCAAGGUCAUCACCGCGGCAACGGUGGGCAGCCUCAUAUGUGGACUGCUGCUGGUCAUCGCCAUGGGCUGCACAUGUAAGCUGUACUCACUCAGGACCAGAGAGUACAGCAUGUUUGCUCCAAUAAGCCGGAUGGAAGCAGAGCUGAUCCAGCAGCAGGCUCCUCCGUCCUACGGCCAGCUGAUCGCCCAGGGCAUCAUCCCCCCGGUGGAGGACUUCCCCACAGAGAAUCCCAAUGAGACCUCGUCUCUAUCUUUGAGGGGGAUCCUCCAGCUCCUCCGUCAGGACGCCACCAACUCGCCACACCGCAGACGCAGGCCACGUUUCGUCCGCCGCGCCGUCCGCCGCAUGAGGCGGUGGGGCCUCAUCCCCAGAACUUCCAGCAGACAGAAUCAGACCUCCGGCUCCAACCAGCAGGACCCGAACUCUGCUCCCUCUGGUCAGGAAGCAGCCCAGUCCUCCCCCGCGAGAUCCUCGUCGGCCGUGGAGGCAGUCAACCAGCCGGUGCCGCAAAAACUUGGCCUGUUGGCUCAGACAGAGCAGCAGCAGCAGCAGCAGCAGCUGCAGCAGCAGCAGCAGCUGCAGCAGCAGCAGCAGGGGGAAGCCUCGGCUCCUUUCCUGCCACUGUCCCCACCAUCCCCCACACCUCCCCCUCCAUAUGCUCCCCCAGCUCCCCCGCCGGCCGCUCCCCACACUCCUCCUGAUGCCGUCGCUCCAAGCAGCCCCUCCCUGGCCUCCAUCUUCCAAACAAUAGGCCUGAGUAUUUCCCUCUUCAGAGCCUCGCCCUCUGCCUCCACCAACUACAUGCCUCUUUCUGCCUCCCCUUCAUUCUCCUCCACCUCCUCCUCUUCUUCAGAUGACGAGGUGUUACUUAUCCCGCUGUCUGAGGAUACCACCUCAGAGGAUGACAUUCCCAUGCUCACCUGAAUGACUUCCUCACACCUCCUCUCUUUCCCCAUUACACUCUUAACAACUUGAACCCAGUCUUUCCACUUCUGUUUGACUUUGAGCACAGGAGCGCCUCCCCCAGGAAGACUCAUCCUCCCUGUGCACGUCUGGUGCCUUUUUUUUUUAAAUUGUUUGACUUGUUGACACUUUAAAUCAAUUAUUGGACUGUUUUUGAGGAUCUCCCUAAUAAAUCUAGACGACGGCCAUUGCUGACGUAUGUUGAGACAAAUGGUCGAUUAGUUUUAGAUGUACACUUAAUUAAAUCAUGCUUGGCUGCACAGAAAAGGGAGACUUUUGCACAGUAGGACCUUCCCUAUCCAGCUACUGAGGCAGGUUUCUGUCGGACUGAAUGAUUUGAGUUCUUAAAAACAAAAAUGAUGGCGUCUGUGUGUCUGCAGCUGCGUGAAUGAGAUCGCAUUUUAUUCUUCCAGCGGAUGGUGGUGUUGACUGGACAUGUGCGAACCUUCUCUGCAUACCUCUGCCACUUGCAUCCAAUCCGAUGUUAGCUGAAAAAUAUUAGCAGAAAGCAGUCAUUUCUCCCUCUGUUUAAGUGCCUUUUGAGGAGUUUCCUGUAGACAGUUUAGGUAAAUCAAGGCGUCCUGGAUUCACAACCGCACACACAGGCUCGUAUUUGCUUCACAUAUGCACGAAUCAACACUUUAGUGGCUUGAUUAUAACUUAGAAAAAUGCAUGUGCACCCUGCAAGCUGGCAAUAACUUUUCAAACGUUGUUUUAGUGCAAACUUGUUGAAGUAAACCCUUUCCAAGCGGGUGAAUGUAACCAACAAAAAGUCAAUGUUUCGAUGACAAUCUCUUCGGUGCCUGAUUUAGUGACACGUGUGAGGAGUGUGAGGCGCCCAGGUGACGAAGAGGGCCCCAAAUUCCCUAGAUAACCUCAACAUCUUGCAGGACUCGAUUGCUUUCUGACACAGGAGACUCGCGGUGUGCCAUUCAUGUUCUUAUUGUACAUUUUAAGGUGUUUUAAUUUCAGCAAGCAACAGAUCGGUAUUUUUCCCCUUUAAGUUCCUUUUGUGUUUUAAUUUUUGCUUUGUUGAAUGUAUUGAGGUCGAUGUGGAGUAGCCAGAAAUUUUAAAAUUUGCAAUGUAUUUAGGUAAAUAAAAGAGAACGUGGUUUUAUGAUUUAAUAAGGUCAACUUCACUGUAUAUAAGUAAAAAUGUGGCUGAGAUUAAACGAUUUGCACUUUUA